AUGAAUUUGGAGUAUGAAAGAAUAAAGUUUAUAUUUCCAAGUUUAGACAAAUUUAUCAUAAUGGACUUUAACAAGAAGAUAGCCUUGUAAGAUUUGAAAUUUACUUUUACAAACGUUCUGAAGAUAGAUUUAUUUUCAAAGUUACCUUAGUUUUUUGCUUCUAAAGGUUUUCAUUCAAUUUUAUUAAACUCUCACCAAAGCUUAAGUGGGCAAACAAAUUAAAAUUUUUAUUAGAGGGGUGGGAAUCAUCUUGAGAUCAUAGUAAAAUUUCAAGAAGAAGGAGCAUGAUUAAAUCCUAUAAUCAUUCUUAGAUACUCAGU